AUGAAGUUGGAGCCAACCCACUUCACUCCCGUAGCAGAGUCCAAGCUCGACAUACCCUAUGCCGAUCUGACAGAGAUCAACAUCUCGCGAUGGGAUGAUGGGCCAGAGGAGCAGGCUAGACUCGCAGAAGAGCUCAGAGACGCGAUGACGACAGAUGGAUUCCUCGUUCUGACAGGUCACGCUCUCUCAGAAGCGGACAUUUCGAGACAGGUCGACAUCGGCUACACCGUCAUUGAAGAAACGUCGCUCGAGGAGAAAUGCCGACUUCAAGGUCAUAUGGACAAGGAUGGGGUAUAUAGGGGUUUCAAGCUGAGGCAGUAUUACGAGAUGCAAAAUGGCGUCAAGGAUCAGAUUGAACAGUUUAACUGGCAGAGGGACAUGAAGACGCAAGAAUUCCCAGCAGUCAUGCAGCCGUUCCUCGAAGAAACAAAGGAGUUCUGCAGGAUCGUCCACGAGAACAUCUUGUUCAAGGUCUUUCGGCUCUUUGCUCUCGCACUGGCAAUACCCAGCGACACAUUUGUCGCCAUGCACAGGUAUGAAGCGCUCGAUGAUGCGUGGUUCAGAUAUAUGACAUUCUAUGACGAGCAUGAUCCCGAAGACGAGAAGAAGAUCGGUGGUGUUUGGCUAAAAGGUCAUCAAGACCAUGGUGCCGUCACGAUGGUCUUCUCUCAGCCUAUGGCGUCUCUCCAGGUCCGAGACGACCAAGGUGUCUGGCGAUAUACUCGCCAUACCCCAGGCGGGAUCAUCAUUAACUGUGGAAUCAUGAUGGAAUGGUGGACUGGUGGAUACUUCAAAGCGGCCAAUCAUCGCGUGGUCGCUCCUCCUGCAGACCAAAGGAAUCAUAUCCGAUGCGGCGUAUUCUACUUCUCCAUACCCAAUGACCAAGUCCGCCCAAAUCUGUUAACUCAAUCACCGGUCCUUCGCGAUGCAGGUGUGAAGGCACACUUUGAGCACGACAAGACCAUCACGGCGAGAGAAUUCUCAAGAGCUCGCGUCGCCAAGGUCGGAAAGUCGAAUGUUUACAAGCAGGAUUGGGGCGAAGGACAGAGACUGGUGGAGGUCAUUGCGGGCGUAGAGGUGCCUCACUUCGGUUGA